GCUUUGUGCAGCCCGAGCUAUAAAUAAAACCAGGCUGGGCUUUCUGAAGAAAACGGACAGCUGGGCCUGCCAGUGAUCCUGCUUCCUGCAGCUUACAGCGGUCUGAGCAAGCGCACUUCUCCUUUCUCAGCUCAGCUACAGCACUGUUGGAUCAAGAGGACUAGGAAGUGCAUUACCACCUCAAUUAAAGAACACCACCACCAACAUGGCUCUGCCCACAGACCCGGCAGAAGAGCUACGCAUAUACCAGCAAACCCUUCUUCAAGACGGACUCAACGACUUGCUGGAAAAUGACAAGUUUGUCGACUGUACCUUAAAAGUCAAGGACAAGAAAUUUCCCUGCCACCGGCUCGUGCUGGCAGCUUGCAGUCCUUACUUCCGAGCCAUGUUCCUGUCUGAAAUGGAGGAGAGCAAGCAAAAGGAGAUAGUUCUGGAAGAUGUGGAACCUGAAGUGCUGGGGAGGAUCCUGAAGUACAUCUACACGUCAGAGAUUGAGAUAACUGAGCAGAACGUCCAGGACAUCUUCUCUGCGGCCAACAUGUUUCAGGUGCCCUCCGUCUUCACUGUGUGUGUUUCCUUCUUGCAGAAGAGGCUCAGCUUGAGUAACUGCCUGGCUAUCUUCAGGCUUGGCUUGAUGCUGGAUUGCGCCCGGCUAGCCAUAGCUGCCAGGGAUUUUAUCAGUGAUCGCUUCCAGCUGAUAUCAAGAGACCAGGACUUUGAGCAGCUAUCAGCCAGCGAGCUGGCUGCCAUCAUCUCGGGCGACUCCCUGAACGUUGAGAAAGAAGAAAUCGUCUUUGAGGCCGUUAUGAAGUGGGUCUCUAAUGACAAGCAGAACAGGCUUGCAAGUCUGACCGAUCUCUUUGACUGUGUCCGUUUCCGUUUGAUACCCACAAAUUACUUUGCGAGCAAUGUGGAAACGCACGAGCUCAUCAAGUCCACCCCGGAGCUUGUCAAGAAGCUGCAGAUGGUGAAAGACGCCCAUGAGGGCAAGCUUCCGGACGUGAAGCAGACAGUAGAUGAGAAGACCGUGGCUGAGGAAGAGGAGGAACAUCCUCUCCCAGGCAUCCUGAAUGAUAACAUGCGCUUCGGCAUGUUCCUUAAAGACUUGCUGUUCAUGGUCAGUGACACAGGAGCGGUGGCCUAUGACCCCUUAGGAAAUGAAUGUUACGUUGCCUCAUUAUCAAAACAGAUUCCUAAGAAUCACUGCAGCUUGGUGACAAAGGAGAACCAGAUAUUUGUGGCUGGUGGAAUCUAUUACAAUGAAGAGGACAAGGAAGACCCGCUCAGGUCCUACUUCUUACAGUACGACCACCUGGACUCGGACUGGCUGGGGAUGCCCCCUCUGCCUUCACCCCGCUGCCUGUUCGGUCUGGGGGAGGCGGAGAACUCCAUCUUCGUCAUCGGAGGAAAGGAACUGAAGGAGGGAGAGCGGACGCUGGAGACCGUCAUGUGCUACGACAGACAGUCUUUCAAGUGGGGAGAAUCAGACCCUCUUCCAUACGCCGUGUACGGGCAUGCAGCCGUGUCACACAGCGGACUGGUCUACGUGAUCGGAGGCAAAGGGGACAGCAAAAAAUGCCUGAAGAGGGUGUGCGUCUAUGACUCCAGGAAGUUUGAGUGGAAGGAGCUGGCCCCUCUGAAGAUGGCUCGCUCUCUGUUUGGCGCCACUGUUCAUAGUGGCAAGAUCUACGUGGCGGCAGGGGUGACGGACACCGGGCUCACCAAUACUGUGGAGGUGUAUGACGCUGUCACAAACAAAUGGGAAGCCUUCGUAGAAUUCCCUCAGGAGCGCAGCUCCAUGAAUCUCAUCAGCCUGGCUGGCAAUCUCUAUGCAAUCGGAGGAUUUGCCAUGAUGCCAAACGAGGCUGAAGAGCUGGUUCCGACAGAAAUGAAUGACAUUUGGAAGUAUGAAGAGGACACCAAGCAAUGGACGGGAAUUCUGCGUGAGAUUCGCUAUGCUUCCGGAGCCACCGUGGUGCCUGUGCACAUGAACACUCUGAGACUCACCAAGAUGUAGAGACAGCGUCAACACGAACCAUCACUUAUAAUGAACACUCUGAGACUCACCAAGAUGUAGAGACAGCGUCAACACGAACCAUCACUUAUUAAUGAACACUCUGAGACUCACCAAGAUGUAGAGACAGCGUCAACACGAACCAUCACUUAUUAAUGAACACUCUGAGACUCACCAAGAUGUAGAGACAGCGUCAACACGAGCCAUCACUUAUUAAUGAACACUCUGAGACUCACCAAGAUGUAGAGACAGCGUCAACACGAACCAUCACUUAUUAAUGAACACUCUGAGACUCACCAAGAUGUAGAGACAGCGUCAACACGAACCAUCACUUAUUAAUGAACACUCUGAGACUCACCAAGAUGUAGAGACAGCGUCAACACGAACCAUCAC